AUGACUAAAGAUGUUGCCAAACUCCGUCGAGUCGCUUUGGCUAAGAAUGCCUGCGCCGUUAGCUCAAGUUUCUUCAUAGAUGUCGACUCUAAGAGCAAGUCAUCAAUAGCCAAUACGCCUACAGAAUUGCGAGUGGCUGCACAAAUCGCAACCAGCAAAUUGCCUCCUGGCCUACGGCAUUACGUCUUGCCAGUACGAUCCGCAGAUCGUCUUGCUAUUCUUGAUUGGCUGGUUGAAUCCGAAGGCAUUCCUGCUCAAGAUAGUGAGCUAGUGAGAUAA